GUUACAACAGGAACAUGAUUUAGUUUCAGUCUGGUCGCCGCUCUCAUCAUGGGUUUGCUGUCCGGCUCCAAGCUGAAGCGACUCCUGCUUCUGAUAUUGCAGCAAGCAGUGCCGUUCUAUCUGGGUGCAGAAGCUGUAACAGAAGUAUUUGUCAGGUUGGGUGACAUGGCAAAGCUGCCCUGUGAUGCUCCAGGUGAAUCUCAAGUCCAGUACAGAGCUCUCAGCUGGUACAAGGUAGGUGCUGAUGGGUUCAGUUUAUCAGGAAUUAUACGAAUGGAUUUCAAACAGAACAUUGUCUGGAGGUAUUUGGGUUUCAAUGGAUCCGUCGCGGUUAAUUCUACCAGUCCGUACUUCUUGACAAUUUACAAUGUCUCCGAUGAAGAUUUGGGAACAUACCAAUGUAUCAUCUGGGCACCACUUGGAGAGCAAAACAAAGACGGAAAUGUGAAACUUCAAAAAAUAAGUGAAGCUAACCAGUUUGAAAGAAUAACCAGGAAUAUGCUGAUAUUCAUUGUAAUGGCAAUGUGUCUGCCUCCCAUUCUAUGCAUGUACCUUGUAUACAAAAAGUAUUCCGGAAGAAUAGAAACCUGUGUAAAAGAAAUGAGCAAGACAGGGAAGUGUUAUUCAUGGCCGUUUGGCAACAAUGUGCUCUCUUAUACUAAUAUUCAGUGUUAAAACUCUGGCAGACUGAAACCUAAACAUGGGGGACCCACAGUCUCAACUCUGGAUUGCACUGAGUAGUAUAAGUCUAUUGAAGGCCGCAUACAUUGAUGGGAUGAAAGGCUUUCUCUCUGAGACUGAAAUAAGAUUGAACAUUUUCAAUGCAGGUCACAAAUUAUGGCCUAGAUUUUCUUCAUCUGUAACACUUCAGGGAUACGAAUGGAAAAGCUCUGAACUACCAGACCAUGAAUUUCCAACAACCGAAAGGCAAACUGGAUUUCCUGCUGCGUGCUGAGAUGUGGAAAACCUAGACCAAUGUUUCUCCCAAUUAAUAAAAAGUUGGCAAUUUCAAUACUA